AUGAAGAACGAUGAGAUAAAGACGGAUGUCUUGAUUGUGGGGGCUGGACCAGCAGGCCUUAUGGCCUCGCUUUGUCUGCGAACGUUCCAUUUCGACGUUCUUCAUGUUGAUGAUAGGCCUGAGCCGACUUCAGCAGGAAGAGCAGAUGGGAUUCAACCGCGAACAUUAGAGGUCUUCAGGAAUAUUGGAUCAUGUAAAGUGAUUCAACAAUCCAUCGCAUCCGCUGGUCCUCCUCCACCUCCGAAUUCUGACUGUAUUCAAGAGAAACAAACUCCCGAUGACGAAGCUUUGUUUAUGUUGGGCUUGGCCAAGCAAUUGAUUGGAGUAGGGGUAAAAGUCUACGAAGUAGCCUUUUGGGAUCCUACGCCUACCAAAGCACUGGCACGUACUUCGAAGGCUCGGUCAUGUCCAGAUUUUAUCGAUGUCCAAGACCGCUACACGUUACUGAUGCAUCAAGGAAUUAUCGAACGCGAAAUGAUAAGAGAGAUUUCUUCUCGAAUGAUUUACAAUCAACAUUAUUCCAAGAUAAAUGGUCCUGAAGAACUAGAAAAGGGAGGAAUAGAUAGACCUUCAAAAUUUGUUAGCUGUCGGGUAUCGGAUGACGGCGGGGAAUAUCCGGUAGAGUCUAUCAUCGAACGGAAUGGAAUCGAGACGAAAGUUCUUUCAAAGUAUUUGAUGGGUUGUGAUGGUGCAAGGUCUGCCGUAAGACACUCGAUAGGUAAAGAUCGAGUGGCAUUGGUUGGGUCGGAGAUUGAUGCGUGUUGGGGUGUGAUGGAUUGUGUAGUUGAAUCGGAUUUUCCCGACUUGAAAUUGAAAUGUAUGAUCCAUUCCCGUCAUGCGGGAUCGAUCAUGGUCAUCCCUCGGGAACGAAACUUGGUGCGAUUUUAUGUUCAAUUGAAACUCGAACAACCUGAUGAGACAGGAUCUCAGUCCAACCCUCAAUCUCAACCUCAACACUUCCAACGCGAAGAAGCAACCCUUGAGAUAUGUCAAGCUCGGGCACGCAAGAUUUUCGAGCCUUAUCACCUUGACUUCAAAUACGUUGAUUGGUUCAGUGUCUAUCAAAUUGGACAACGGAUCUCCAAUCGAUAUGUUAUUGACCAGAGGAUUAUCCUUGGUGGUGAUGCUGUUCACACUCAUAGUCCAAAAGCUGGCCAGGGUAUGAACAUCUCAAUGUUAGAUAUGUACUCACUGGCGUGGAAACUUAAUCUGAUCGAAAAAGGGGUCGGUGAUCGAAAGUUGUUGAUCGACUCAUAUGAAGAAGAAAGACGUGGUGUAGCUGUUGAGCUUCUUGCAUUCGAUGCAAAGUACUCUUCGCUCUUCUCUGGAAAAUCUGGUCAAAUUGAUGAUGAGAUCGAGCGUGAAAAAGUGACAGAUGUUGAUCCGGAAGUAUUCAUUGAAAUGUUCAAGAAAAACGCUUAUUUCACUUCAGGCUGUGGAGCGUUUUAUGCGGCAAACGCGCUGAAUGUAAUGACCUCACGCGAAGGAUGGCGUCUGCAAGCAGGUGCGCGACUCCUACCGGGCCGGGUGAAACGUCUUCAUGACGGCAACCCAAUAAGGAUAGAACACGUUAUUCCAAUGGAUGGAACUUUUCGAAUCCACAUCUUCCUAGGCCGCGCCGGAAAAUCGAGAUUAUCGAGCAUCUCCACUAGACUUGAUCGCCCAGAUGGUUUCUUGAAGCGUUUCUCAACCACUUCUCAAGUCUCUAUAUUUCAUAACAAAGAUUCGAAUUCGAUUUUCAGUUUCUUGGUGAUCGGACUUCCUGGAGACUCAAAUGAUGAUUGGGAAUUAGUAGAGAUUCCUCAAAGACUUAGAGAAUUGGUUGGAGACCAUCGUUUAUUGACUGAUGAAUUACCAAAUUCAAUACCUGGUGCUUCAAACCCUUCAGGUUCUAUCUCGAUCCAUCAAAAGUUUGGUGUGGAUGAGAGUAUGGGGGGAAUAGUCGUUGUGAGACCUGAUGGUGUAGUUGGAUGUUUGGUAGAUGGCUUGGAAGAUCAAAGUUGGGAUCUUGUGGACACUUAUUUUGAUCGAUUUCUCAUUUCCUCUUAAAAUUUUCACUCAUAUUUGAUUUUAUUCAAGUUACAACACAUCUCAUUUUUCGAACAUCUUACAUCAUCUUUGCCUACUUACAUAUUGACUUUUUCUCUACACUUUUCGUUUUAUUAUUUAAGCUAUAAUCAAGAAGUUUAUUCGUUGUUGUUGUUUUUUUACUACGCAAUCAUUAACAAACAUAAAUUGUAUAGUAGCAACAUCAUAGCUAGCAGAUCUUUUUUGCAAGUACACUACGGUCCAAUCAGG